UACUCAUUUUUCCAUUUCUCAAUCCCACACCACUUUAAUACGCCCUUUCCUUUUCUUCAUUUGGAAGCCUACUCUCCAAGAUAGAGAGAGAGGGUAAUUAAAAAAACAAAAGGCAUAGUUAGGAGAGAGAGAGAGAGAGAGAGAGAUGAGAACUAUUGGGGCAACCUUAGACAGUACUACUAUGACAACCCCACCAGAGGCAACAUUCUCUCCGCCGGCUACUCUACAACAUGACUCGCCAUGGCACUCUCCAGUGCCGUACCUCUUCGGAGGUCUCGCCGCAAUGAUGGGUUUGAUAACCUUCGCUCUCUUGAUCCUCGCUUGCUCUUACUUGAAGCUUUCCGGCCACUUGGACAGCAACCAAGGUGGCGAGAGAGAUUCCGAGGUUGGCGAUGACGAACCGGGUGAUUCCGAGAAGGCUAUGCCGGUCUUCGAAGAGAAGAUUGUGGUUAUAAUGGCUGGAGAUGUAAAUCCGACGUUCUUGGCCACACCCAUGUCCAACAGAGCUUCUUCCUUGGGUGAUAACAAUGGCUAUUCGACAGAUAACAUGGAGAGAGAAAAAGCUGAAAUUUAUGUUGAGAAGCAAAAAGAAGAGAUGGGUGAUCAGACUACAAGAGCAACAAUGGAAAAUGGAGAGGCUAAUUUGGAGACGUCCCAAGAAUCCCAUGAGAGCUUAGAGCAAAACCACUGAUUGAAGUGCAGUUAUAUAUAUAUAUAUAUAUGUGUGUGUGUGUGUGUGUGUGUGUGUGUGUGUGUGAAAGAGAGAAGAAAGUUUUUCCUUAUUCUAUUCUCUCUCUAUUUUUUAUUUUAUUUGGGUUAGAGGGUUUUCAGGGGGAAAUGUAAAUUUUGCUGAGAUGAAAUGGAAGAUUUUGAGUUUUCUUUUUUCCUCUCCCUAA